ACUAGUUCACAAAGUCCCUCUCAGUGAAUAAAUGUUGGUUUAAUUCGUUACCGGAACGGCACCAACCUCUUAAGAAACACAAACUUUCAAAUCAAAGGGAACGAGAGAAACACAACCACAAUGCGUUACGCUCAGGUGGUUAUUGGUCCAGCAGGAAGUGGGAAAUCCACCUACUGUUCAUUCAUGCAACGGCAUGCUCAAGACUCCAAACGUGUUAUUGAAGUUGUCAAUCUCGAUCCCGCCGCUGAACAUUUCGAUUACCAGCCCCUGGUCGAUAUAAGAGAUCUAAUACAGCUAGAUGAUGCCAUGGACGAUGAGGAGCUACACUAUGGACCCAAUGGUGGUCUGGUGUUUUGUUUGGAAUUCCUUAUCGAAAAUCAAGAUUGGCUCAAAAAUCAAUUGUGUGGUGGAGGUGGCGGUGAUGAUGGUGAUGAAGUGGCCGAAGAGUUGGGUGGUGAACCCGACGAUGAUUACAUCCUCUUCGAUAUGCCAGGACAAAUUGAAUUAUUUACCCAUCUGAAUAUGGGAAAACAAUUGGUACAGCUACUGGAAUCGUGGAAUUUUCGUAUAUGUACGGUAUUUCUGGUGGAUUCUCAGUUCAUGAUCGAUGGUGCGAAAUUCCUGUCGGGCACAAUGGCCGCCCUAAGUGUAAUGGCAAAUUUGGAGAUGCCCCAUGUAAAUGUUUUGACAAAAAUGGAUUUGCUGAGUAAGGGUGCCAAAAAACAGUUGGAUAAAUAUUUAGAUCCCGAUGCCCGGGCCCUGUUGGGAGAUGUUACCGAGGAGUCGGCAUGGGGUCGUCAACAUCGAAAGCUGUCGGCGGCAAUUGGCAGCUUGAUAGAGGAUUUCAGCUUAGUACGUUUCGUGCCCAUGAAUGUGGACGAUGAGGAGAGUAUACAGGAUCUAUUACUGCAAAUAGACAAUGUCAUACAAUAUGGAGAAGAUGCCGAUGUUAAGGUGCACGAUUUCGAUCCACCCGAAGAGGAGGAAGGCGAUGAAGGAACCUGCAGAAAUAUUUUCGAUAUGUAAAACAAACUAGAAACUAAACUGAAGUUAAAACUGUGUUUUAAAUCUUAUGAAAUUGUAUUUUUAUAAAAUAAUAAAUUAAGUUUUAUUUUUUUUUUUAAA